AUGGAUCUCAAACGUCAUUGUGUGAAACUAAAUGAUGGUCACUUCAUUCCUGUCCUGGGAUUUGGCACUUAUGCAUCAACAGAGACGCCUAAGAUUAAACCUGAGGAGGCAACCAAAUUAGCUAUUGAUGCUGGGUUUCGUCAUAUUGAUUCCGCUUAUGUGUAUGAAAAUGAAGAGGAAGUUGGACGAGCCAUCCGAAGCAAGAUUGCUGAUGGCAUUGUGAAGAGAGAAGACAUAUUCUACACUUCAAAGCUUUGGGCCACUUUCUUUCGACCAGAGUUGGUUCGGCCAGCCUUGGAAAACUCACUGAAAAAACUUCAGCUGGACUAUGUUGAUCUCUACAUUAUUCAUUCCCCAGUGGCUCUGAAGCCCGGGAAGGAGAUACUACCGACAGAUGAACAUGGAAAAGUAAUGUUUGACAUGGUGGAUCUCUGUGCCACGUGGGAGACCCUGGAGAAGUGUAAGGACGCAGGGUUGGCCAAGUCCAUUGGAGUGUCCAACUUUAACCGCAGGCAGCUGGAGAUGAUCCUGAACAAGCCAGGGCUCAAGUACAAGCCUGUCUGCAACCAGGUGGAAUGUCAUCCUUAUCUCAACCAGAACAAACUGCUGGAUUUCUGCAAGUCAAAAGACAUUGUUCUGGUUGCCUACAGUGCUCUGGGAUCUUCCCGAGAUAAAAGAUGGGUGGACCAGAGCUCACCCAUUCUCUUGGAUGAUCCAGUUCUUGGUGCCCUAGCUAAAAAGCACAAGCGAACCCCAGGCUUGAUUGCCCUUCGCUACCAGAUACAGCGUGGGGUCGUGGUCCUGGCCAAGAGUUGCAAUGAGGAGAGGAUCAAAGAGAACAUGCAGGUUUUUGAAUUCCAGUUGACUUCAGAGGACAUGAAAGUCCUAGAUGGCCUAAACCGCAAUGUUCGCUAUUUUAAUGCUGAAUAUGCUAUUGGCCACCCUAAUUAUCCAUUUUCUGAAGAAUAUUAA